GGAGUAGGCAGUGAUUAAUUCACCCACUGUUAGAGCUGGGCUUCUAUUUAAUGGGGGGUCUCUCUACCCAGAAGGAGUUAGAGACAGCUCUAGGACCAGCAGGAGCAUGGCAGAGGAUCUGGGGCUGGGCUUUGGGGAAACAGCCAGCGUGGAAAUGCUACCCGAGGACGGCGGCUGCAGGCCCAAGGCCAGAGCUGGGCUAGCAUCCAGGAACAGCAGUGCACGCUGGGCUCUGACCUGCUGCCUGGUGUCUCUGCCCAUCCUGGCAGGACUUACCACCUACCUGCUUGUUGGCCAGCUCCGUGCCCAAGGAGAGGCCUGUGUGUUCCAGACUCCAAAAGGACAGGAGCUUGGACCUUCACAUCAGCGAGCUUACGCACCUCUUGGAGCUGGUGGGGAUAAGCCAAGGGCACACCUGACAGUUGUGAAACAAAUUCCCACGAAGCCCUUGAAAAAUCAGUUCCCAGCUCUGCAUUGGGAACAUGAACUUGGUUUGGCCUUCACCAAGAACCGGAUGAACUAUACCAACAAAUUCCUGGUGAUCCCAGAGUCAGGAGACUACUUUGUUUACUCCCAGGUCACAUUCCGAGGGACCACAUCCGAGUGUGGUGAAAUCAGCCAAGGGAGCCGACUAAACAAGCCAGACUCCAUCAUCGUGGUCAUCACCAAGGUAACGGACAGCUACCCUGAGCCGACCCAGCUCCUAAUGGGGACCAAGUCAGUGUGUGAAAUAGGCAGCAACUGGUUCCAACCCAUCUACCUUGGGGCCAUGUUCUCCUUGAAUGAAGGGGACAAGCUGAUGGUGAACGUCAGUGACAUCUCUUUGGUGGAUUACACAAAAGAAGAUAAAACCUUCUUCGGAGCCUUCUUGCUAUAGUGGCAAGGCAGAUGUCAUUGUAUGAAGGUCCUUUGCCUCUUAGUUCCUAAUUUUCCUCAUUCAUAUGUAGUUAUAACCAGGAGGGUUUUUUGGGGGCAUCCAUGGAGACAGUCCUUAAGCUAUGACAUUUAGGGCCCAAAAGUUCACACUUUAUGUGCCUUACUGAUGAGAAUACUAAUGGAAAAAGGCAGAAGAAAGCAGACCUGUUAUCACAGUUGCUUGGAAGAGUGGUGAGUUUCUAAACAUUAAAACACUGAUCACCAAAUGAGUGGAACAUUUCCACGCCUUCCUACUAUGCAUUUGUCACCAGAGGGCCCAGGUACUGUUCAAUUUUUAUUAUGAAUCAUUUGCUUCAGUUCAGGAACCUAAAAAACAAAAUCCAAAGCCCUAGAAAAGAGUGUGUAUAAAUCCUUUAGAGGCAAAAUCCUUAAUCAGUUCCCCCAAACACAUACUUUAAUGCCUUGCCUAAAAAAUAAAAAGAGAGCUGAUAUUUCUCAUAAACAUCCUCAAAAAAAGAAACUGAUUUUCAGGCCAUCUAUCGCAAGGGAGAAAAACUACCUUUCCCUUUACUAUGUACACAUACAUCAAAACAAGCAAGCGUAACUUCCACAUGUAUAUCAAAACUACAACAAUAGCAUCUAUUCAGCACAGUAUUCUUGAGCACCUUUUAAGUGUGUGCUACCUUAACCCAAAAGACUCUGUGAAGAAUGAGACAGACUCUACCCAAAUGUAUAUGAAUACCACUAGGUGGCUCUUGGUCAAAUAUCACUCAACACAUUCCAAGGACUAAUUCUAAGUCCUAACAAAUAGCAUCGGACACCGUUACAUAAGAUUUCUGAAGCUCUCCUGACUAUGUAAGAUAACCAGCUGAUUAGCUCACUCAAGAAACUUGAAGACAGAGUUCUAGCUAACAGACUAACCAUAUAACAAACUUGAUUGAUGCCAAGAGACAAUAGACUUAUUCCCUAGGGGGAAAAUAUCCAUCAUCAAAUCUAGACACAUUAACCAAGAUCUGCUUUGAGGUUUGAUUCACUUUAUAUGUGGAGUGAUAUAUGGGUACUUUUCUCUUAAAAUAUUCAGGGGGAUUUAAGUGUGGAAUUGGCUAAUCAGCCCAGCCAAGGCAUCUUUUCUGAAGAAGAGGCUAAACACUGAGAAGAUCCUUCGUGUGCUUCAAUGAGUUCAUGUCCUUUAAUUUGUAUGAUUUUCCUGCCCUCAUAUGUCAAGAGAUGGAGGGGCAUUUAUGCUCUCUUAGCCUCUGCUGACUUGUCUCUAAAAGAGGAGUCCACCAAUUUGUUUCCCAGGAUCAAAUGAGCUCAUGGAGAUGAAACGUUAACUUCGAGCGUUCUGUGACGUCUGAGAACAUGUCAGUGUGACAUGGGGAGUGAUCUCCAACCUUGGCCUCUAUUAUGAAUGCUCCCUAUUGUGAGAGGCCUCACAGAUGGGUCUGAAAGCAAAUUUGGCAAUGACAUCACACUUACUCGUGUUACCAGGAAACUACAGAGGCAGAGACAUGUAUGAUGGGGUUCCUGAACAUGAUGAUUGGUGUGGCAGUGCUUGAUCAAUAUUUGUUAAGUUAUAAUCAAAUAAAAACUAAUUUCUAAUUUCUUAGUUGGGAGGUUAAGCCUCUAAAACCCUCUGCUUCUCAAAACAGCACAGGGCUCAGCAUGAGCACAGGGCAGGGUGUGGUCACAUCCACCUAGCUCAGAAGUGUCUUCACAAGGGAAGUGAAGCCUGGCUGAGUCCUGAAAGGAGGUGGGUGGGCAACAGAUGGCCUCAGGGAAAGGGCAUCUCAGACAGAGGAAUUACCCUUUACUAAGCAGAAAGGAAAGGUUUCUCAGUAACUAUAAAACAAGCUUGAUAAAAGAAUGUUGCCUCAACCAACUCCUAGAGCAGUAUUGACUGGUAAAUCAGGAAUGUUUUACCAAUGACUCCAGUCUGGCUCCAAGAUCAGAACUGACACCCUAUUAGGGAAAUAAAAUGCUCUGUCUGCGUCUGCAUGAGAACACCAAGCAACUUGGGAUAUGGGAAAGGAUUUGCGUAGAAGGAUCCAGAAUGGUCUGCUUACCUUCCCCUCCACUGAAAGGAACCCCUAUACCAAGAGCCUUCAAACUUUCUCUCUGUUCCAUAGGAAAUCUGGUGAAUUUGGAAGUUUAUCCAAGAAAGAGGAAUUUCUUACUAUCCUAAAAGACUUGAGGCUUUGGAAAAAUCCCUUCCACAUAUUUAUUUUGUUCCUGUCAUAAGCUUGUUUAUUGAAGAUUGUAUUUUUGUUCAAGUUUUCAUUGCUGAAUUUGUUAAAUUCUCUCUGAUAUUCCUUUUACUGUUCAGAUAGGCCCAGCCAAACAUUCCAAGUGGAACUCAAAUCAGAACUUCCAUUUCCUAGGCAUUAUCUCCAUGGCAAAAAUUAGUGCACUAGUUGUGAAAAUGAGGUGGAAGAAUGCUUUUUAAGUAUGUGAUGGUCCCCUAAAAAGAGUAAAUGGGGUGCAUUCAAAGAUUUGGAUGGGAAUAAGGAGCAUGCUUACAUGCUUUAGAAAAUAGAUAAUUUAGGGGGAAAAUGUUUUACUGGUUCAAUGUCUCUAAAAAGGCUGAAUUCAAAUCAAUUCCACAAACAUUUACUGAGUACCUACUUGCCCUGGGGAUACAAAGAUAAAUUAUUUUAGUCUCAGAUGUGUUCAUUCUGAGACUUAGCACCUCCAUUGUCUGCAGACCCUUUAAUUUAUUUUGGUUAUAUUAGCUAACUGAUCAGCUAACUUUAGGCACAGGGAUAUUUUCUCAUUAUGAAAAUGAGUGCCAUUUGAUAAAGGAUGAUCAUUAACAAGAUGACUUGUGUUUACUCUAAGUGGUUUUUUAAAUAGCUAUUCAAGGAAAUUCUCCAUAAAUAAAAGGGGAGAAAAUAAAGAUAUUUUCUAUGGUAAAAUCCACUAUUUAAGCCACAUGUAGAGAAAGGUUUAUUACCUCCUGGACUAGAGCUUUGCCAUCAACACCCAUGAAAAUAUUAGAACUUUAUGGAUAACCCAGAUGUUUUGAAAAGCCUGUGUUUCUCAGCCAACACAGGCACCAUGAUCAAAAUGCACAGGGUCACUAGCAUUUUGACCCUGCUUUAGAUCUAUUUGGCACAACAAAAUUGUUAAGCUACUAAAAUUGCUAAAUAUUUUUCACUAAGGUACAGUAGGAUAUGAAAAGGUAUAUUUUCACAUCCUGAAAAGUGUCUGGUUCAGUUCCAUAACAGGCCAUGCCAGAGCCCUGGGCUCCAUUUCAAUCUAAGCUACAUCACCCUAGAGGAAAUUCCAUCUUUGUGAUUGUCAAUAACCUCUCUGGAUUGUAAAAGUUCAGCUAGUUCGCUGUGUACAAGGCAUGUCUGUUGCCAAGUUUCUCUUGCAAGGCAUUUUCCCAAGUCCUUUUCCAGUCUUGUUUCCAUGAUUGUGACAUUCGAGAUUAAUUCUUCAGGACUGGACUAUUUAUAUGCUGCACCUUGCAAAACACUGCAGAAGUCACUCACCUCAAGAUUUCUUGCUCUCCUAGGACCCAAAGUCCUAGAAGUAUUCUGCCAUUUUUAGAAGACAUUUUUUAAAGGAUGUACCACUAUCCUGGAUAUUAAGAGCUAUUGCAUCAUAUUGGCAGCUUGGCCUGGGAAGAGUUCAGUGGACUAUCAACCUCUGAAUGCUUUUGUUCCAACAGUGAGAGAGUGAGGGUCAGAGCAGUCACAUUUAUGCCCUGCCGCACUCUGACAACCAUAUUUGUCAGAGUGGAGCGGGGCAUAGGUAUUUGCAACUUCCCGAGCUCUGAGACACAUUUGCCUCCUGCCAUCCCUUCCAUUAUCUCAUUUUAAGAAGAAAGUACCAUACCAGCCCAGACAGAACUUACUUGUUCAGGACCAUACAAUGAAUUAAUGGCGGAUCUAGAGCUAGGAUACUAUCUUCCUGAAUCAUAAUCCUAGGCUCAUCCAAUUACCCUCUGCUCUUAUGAAAUAGUAACAAAAAAUAACUGGAGAAGAAAUUGGAGGAAGACAUGAGAAAUAUUAUCAAAUAUCUAUGGAGUGAUGUAGAAAGGGGGAGGAGAUUUCUUCCAUGUCUCCCUAGAGGAAAGAGCUAGGGAUAAUAAAUUGAAGUUACAGGGUAACCUUUCUGGCUCGGUAUCCAAACGAACUUUCUACCCCAAGAUAGAAUGUCCCCAGAUAGUGAUUUUUUAGUCCCAGGAGACAUUAAAGCAAAAGGCUCAUCUCAAGGCUUUUGUAGAAACCAUUCCUUCACUGAGGUGAGAGGAAAGAUUGAGUCAAAGGAUUUCUGAGGUCUUCUCCAAAUCUUUGAUUAUGUGGCCAUUUUUCAAUUGACUUCUGUGCGUUCUAUUUGAUCAAUAAGAACCUGGAAGACCCUGUCAAGUGUUCAGGCCUUCUAGCCUAGAAGUGGUUGCCAUUGCCCACUUUUUCAGAGAGUGUCCAACACAAGUGACUCUGAGAUCUUGACCAAUAGAGCAACUCAUGGGAUCUGCAGAGUUUAUCUGCUCCAAGUUACAUCAUUUUAAGGAUGAAGGAACCCAGGGUCAGAAAGGUGAUGUAAAUGGCCCAAUGCCAGACAGUAGCUAGUAGCAGUGUAAGACUAGAAUGCAUAUCUCCUGACACCCAGCCCAGUAAUCUUUCCAUGUCAUCCAUGACUCAGUUAUUUUCUUCAGCAUCUGUCACAUGACAAUGCUUACCCAGAUGCUAGAGAGCCAAGACAAGAGGGAAUAUGACAAACAAGUCCCGCUCUCACACUGCAUGCGUUCAGGAGGAAGGAGACACACAAUGUUGAGUACAUAAAGUAGCUGAACUUAAUCAGGUGACUUUAUUUGUAAAGUCAUUAAAAUAUGUAACUUCCCCUUUUUGUUUCAGGGGUGAAAAGAUUAAACAAAUAUAGGUGUUUAUGUGGUUUUGGUGAUAAGCCCCAUGUGCUUUUAUUGAUUUUAUGUUUUAUGUUAAAACAUCACAAGGUAAACUGCAUAUUGUAUGCUAUUGGAUAUGUACUUAACUAAUAUGCGUCCCAUGUCUUCCGGCACUACUGUAUGAAUUCCAAUCACUGUGAAUGAAAUGUUAUACAUGUUAAAGUAUUUAAUAGAUAUAACUUAAUAAAUUGGCAUUGAAAGCUGCAGAAU